AUGUCAUACCAAAUUUAAUAAUAGAUUAAAAAUAAUGCUACUGACAUAAGGAAGUAUGUAGAAGACCUCUAUGAUUGGGAGCAGAAAAUGGAACAGUAAGAAAAGAGCAAGAAAAACACAUAAUCAAAAGAAACUAGUGCUCCUAUUAGAGGCAAAGCAGAUAUCUAAGUUAGUGGAUCAGAGGAUAAGAAAGAAUAAAAUUCAUAGCAAGAAAAUUAGACCAAAGAAAAGAAUUAAUAAUUGAUUAGAGAUUAAAAUUCUAUUAAAGAUUAUUAUAAGGCAUGGGAUAAGUUUGAUGUCGAUUAAGAAAUAGAAAGUCUUGAACAAAAGCAAAAGAAUGAAGAAUAAUCUAAAUUUGUAAAUCCCUAUGAAUCAAUGCAAUCAAGUAAACCUAGAGCAGCACCUAAAACUUAAAUUAAAAUAAAUAGUCAACGCUCUACAAUAGUCGAUAUCAACUCUUUGAAAGAUAAGGCAAAUCUUUCUUAUUAGAGCUUAGAUUAUAAAACAGCAAAUGAGUUAUACACUUAAUGCAUAAAUCAGCUAAAAGACUAAUAAGCUCUUACUAGCGAUGAAAAGCUACUUUUUGCUAAUAUUUAUUCAAACAGAGCUAUGACUAAUAUUAAGCUCCAAGAAUAUGCGCAGGCCGAAAUAGACAGCACAAGUGCAAUUACAAUAGAUUCAAAUCACGUAAAGUCAUAUCUGAGAAGAGGUACUGCAAGAAAGAAAUUAAAAAAGAUUAAAGAAGCUCAUGAAGAUUUUAAGAAAGCCUUAUAAAUAUAACCAGAUAAUAAAGAAGCUCAAAAAGAAAUAGCUUUAAUAGAGACAGCAUUAAAUGAAAGAAAGCAAAAAGCACUGCAAGGAUUAAUUUUAGAUGGAAAAGGAGAUGAAGAUCUAUAUGAAAAACUAGAAAUAUAAGAUAUUAGUGAUAGUGAUAUAAGUGAAAGCGAUGAUGAUAAUGAAAAUGAUGAUAAAAAAAAGGAAGAUGAUGAUGAUGAUGAUGAAGAAGAUGUGCCUAUAGUUCAAAAUAGAUUCACUCGUUUAAGUAUUAUUGAUAAGUCUGCCCCUCAUGAAAAUUAAGAUGAUAAAAAGACUUAAGAUGACAGAAAACGCUCUAUACUCUUCAAAGAAUAACCAAUAGAGCUUGAUAAUGAGAGGUAGCAUUCAUAUCAUUUAGAUGAAGUUCCUGAUCACUCUAUACUCAAGAACUCUCAUGACUUAGGUCACUUGGUCAAAAAUAUUGAUUCUAAACUCAUUAAGCAUGAAGAAGAGCCAUAAGGUUAAUCUGAGGAAUAAAACAAUACUGUAAAGUUUAAAGGAGCUGAAAUUCCUACUUAAACAUUCACUCCAAGACAUAACUUAAAACCUAGAAAUUCGAUUCUAAAGAAUAGCCCUUUAGUUGCUGAGAAUUUUCAUGCUUAAAUAAAAGAUAUAGACGGAAGAAUUAUAAAACAUCAUUCAAAGUUCAAAAACGAAGAUGAUAGAGAUCCUUAGGAAGAAAGCUAGCAUGAAGUUCAUUUUAAGAAGAAUAUAGCUUAAGAUGCUUAAAAGGGUGCACAUCAUCAUUUUGUAGAUCAUGCUCAUUCACCUAAAAAACACAUAUUAAAACAUAAUUUAGAGGAUGAAAACGAAGUUGAAUAGCUUCAUAACAAAUACUUUUAAGAAAAACCUCAUGAAAAAGUAGAUGAAGAUGAAGUUUCUUUUGCUUUUACUCACUUGAAAAAUAUAGAUGGUAAACCUUCAGAGCAUAAUAAAAGAUCACCUAGACAUAAACCUCAAUUCAAAGAAGUUAAAGAUGAAAUAAAACACAGUCAUAAUACUCAUGAAGACGAAGAUGAUGAUGAUAAGAAAGUACAUUUUGGUUAGGUUUAGAGUUUAGGAAAAACUGUAGAUGUUCCUCACAAAGAAGCUAAGCCUAGACAUAGCAUUUUGAAGUCAUAAGGAAAUUAAAACAACUCUAUUGAGGUUUAACAAAUAUUAAAAUUGUAAGAAGAGUAAUAGAAAGAAGACAAUAAAAUAGAUAAUGCAAUAGAAAUAGGUAAAUAAAAAAUUAAGGAAGUCAUUAUUGAGCAAUCCACAAAACAAGAAAUUAACUCGACUAAAUUUAUGAACGAAUGGAAUCAUAUAAAAAGCGAUAAGCAUACAUCUUUCAAAUAUCUAAUGCAAGUUGAUUCUUCAUAGCUUGUAAAUGCAUUCAAAGAAGGACUAGAAUUGCAUACUUUAAAAGAAAUAUUUGAAACACUCAACUCUUAAUAUUCUUUGAAUGACAAUAAGACUAUAAAAGAUUACAUAACUCAAAUACCGAACUUAAAAAGAUUUAAAUUAUCAAUAGGAUUAUUUACAGCCAACGAUAAGAAAGUACUUUUAGCUAAAUUAUAUAUGAGUCUUUAUAGCAAGGUCAACCCUAGGAAAGAUAAAAUCGGCUUAAUAAACUCAGUUUAGAAGCUUUAAUAUCAAAUGUUUUAGGAUUACAAUAACCCUGAAGAUUAGCAAAAAAGGUAAAUAUUUACAGAAAACUCAGAAAAUAUGUCUAAAUGUUCUAAUUGCUAGCAAUUAAUGUCUGUAAUUAAGAGACUUACCUUAGAGAAUUAGAAUUUAACUUAUCAGAUUGGGUUUAAGGAUAUAGCACUGAAAAAAAGAGAAGAGAUGAUUACUACUCUAUCAAAGGAUAUUAAAAUCUCUAAAGAGCAUAUAAGAUAGUUAGAAAUGAGAGAAAUAGUGAGGGCAAGUACAGAGUAUAGUGAAGGAAUGAAAACGCCAAACAAAAGUAUAGUAACUGAAAGGAAUAGCAGCACAAAUUCUAGAUAGCAUUCACUUCCAAAAUUAAAAUAGCUUUAACUAUAAAAGCAUAAUGCACUCUAGAGUUAAUUAAAGGAAUUUACAAUUAAUUAGAGUAGUUAGCUAGUGAUCCCUAAAGAUAACUUCAUCAAAAAGCAAAUUACUUUCUAAGAAAAACAAGCGCCAAUACUUAUAAGCAAAGAAAGCUUUUAAAUUCACCAUGAUGAGGGUAUAUUAUCUCAUAAAAAUAGUGAAGAUGAUUUGCUUAAAAAGAAAAAAUCUAAUACUUUAAUUAUUAGAGUAAAUACAACUUACAAUGAGAAUGAAUUAUAUAGACCCAGUAGUUAAAAUGAAUUACCAAUAUCCUAACAAUAGUCCUUAAUACUCGAAAAUAAACCUUCUUUAAGUAAAAAUAACUCUGUGUCAUAGAUAUAAUAUCCCUAUAAUAGAUAGUCAAGUUCUUACAAAUAAAACUUAAAAAGCAGAAAACUAGAUUUCUUUUAGAAUAAUUAAAUAUACAAAUCACUCGAGUAGCUGAAGGCUUCUAAAAUUAGCUAAUAAAGAAAGUUACUUGAAGAUUAAGUUAAAUCAGUGGACGAUUUUGCAGAAAAUAUUGUACGUGAGCCAUAUCAAACAAGAUAAAAGAUUGCAGAAGACAUAAGACACUUGUUAAGAGACUACAUAAAAGUGCUUGAUUAAUCUAUAGUUCUUAAAAAAUUAACAAUAUCCAAUUAAAAGAUAUACAGAUGUUACCGUGCACAAGAAGUUAUAAAUACAAUAAUGGAGGAAAUAAUGAAUAACAUAGAGUGUGAUCAUGCUGUCUUUUACAUCAAAGAUUAAUACAACUAAUAAUUAUGGACUGCAGAUAAAAACAAUGAUAAUUAAAUGGUAAAAGUAGAUCCCAAAAAAGGUAUACUAAUGCACACUCUAAACAGCGAAAAUAUUUUGAGAGUUGAAGAUAUCGAAACUGAUCCCAGAUUUGUCAAAGAAUAUGAUGGGAUUUUCCAUAAAAAUAUAAAAAAUAUGUUAUGUAUUCCAAUUAAAGAUAAACAAAAUAUAGUGAGAGGUAUAAUACAGAUAAUAAAUUACAAAAAAAAUGAUACUUAAGUUACAACAGACGAAAUAAUUAGACUAUUAAUAGAUAACAUAGGAUAGUAGAUCAUAUCUGUAUUAGAAUUUGAGCAGUCUGUCAAUAAUAAUAAUAGGAUCAUGAAAUUAAUGAAAACAACUCUAGAGCUUAAUUAUAUUGACGAUGUAAGAUUAUUAAUCAAAAAAGCUCAAGAAUUACUAACUGAGGUCUUUUUAACUCCUUAAGCAGUUGUCUAUUUAAUUAAAGAUUCUAAAAUUUGCAUAAAUAAUUUAGAAAAAUACCCUCUUAAUUCAGGAGUAAUUGGAGAAGCACUAAUUUAGAUGAAACUAGUAGAGACUCUUGAUCCCUUGAGUCACCCAAAUGCCAAUUUCAACGUUGAUAUCGAGACAGUAUUACCUGUUGUUAGCGUGCCUGUAAUAUCUUAAGAAAAUGAGCUUAUCGGAGUCUUCUAAAUUGUAUAAGACGCUUAUAUUAGAUCAAAUUAUAUUCCAAGAGAGCAAAUAUUCUACUUGGAAAGCCUACAGUACUUUGCUGAUUUACUAGCUUUUAACAUUAAGAGAUGCUUUAAAUAUAAUUAAAAUAUUCAAUUAGAUUAAUAGUAAAUUUGA